UGACUCUACGCUAUUCAUUUACAAAUAUUUGUCGCACCGCUCGGGAUAGCUUUUAUCUAUUUUCUAUACAAAAUAUGGCGCACUGAGAUGAGCUGUUAAAAACGAAUUAACCAGCCUUUAACAUGAUAAAGCUACGUAUUGGCUACUCGUGGGUGGAAGCGACACCAAAGGCAUUCGGCAGAGAGUGAAUGUCGCAUAGCUACAUGGAACUUCGAUAAACUUACUAGUUAUUACAAGUAAAACUUUCAACUAGAAAAUAUUUUACUUCAUGCAUCUACGGGAGCUGUUAAGAAAAGAAUUAUUCAACACGUUGAAAUAAUGAAGAAACCAGAAUAGUAAUUACAGGGAUUGUAAAAAUAUUAAUUUGGAGUUAAUAAAAGUUGAUAAUUACAACAUAUAUCGGGCAAUGAAGAUAUGCGUUUGGCUAGUAACAGCAUUUCUUUGCUUUCACUCGUCAAUAUCUUUUUCUGAUACUGGAAAUAUCAUGGACUGCCACAUGGGCAAGUGUAAGAGUGUGAAGCCCAAUCGGAGAGUCCGGAUCCUUAAGGAUCUUGUUAAAAAUUUUAAUUUAGAACCGACAGUGAUAGAUAUUACGCUCAAAACACUGCAUAAUAGAAAGUAUGGUACGUUUGGAGAGUACGUCAAAGAAGACUCACACGACAAAGACAUUCCUAAAAUAGCAUGUCCAAAGACAGAGAAUAACAAUGAUAUGCUAGCCUGUCCGACACCAGAUAUAUGGAAACGAAUACACUGUAUUGACUAUUAUUCAUUAUGCGACCGGAAGAUACAUUGCCCGAACGGCGAAGACGAAGAUCCUAUCAUGUGUUUAUUUCACUCUGCGAAUGACAUGCAAAUGAAGAGAAUGAUGGAAACUAUUUAUAAAUUGUACAGAAAAUCACAAGAACCACAGUCCUUUUAUGACUACAAGUAGCAAUUUUUUGCGCAUGCGCGAUAUUUGUGAUACCGUGAGAAUGACAAAAUGGAAAAUAUCCUAUGUAUUCAUCAUGGUGUAACAGAUCAAAAGAACAAAUGUUUACAAAUUCGUUUUAAAAUAUAUAUCUUAUUUAUUGUUUUCUCAGAAUUUUCUCUUUUACAUUUAUUGGGUGACUGUCUUUCAUGCCAGGUUUGCGCAAGACAGUAAAAUAACGAGAGUGUUAUGUGUAUGUAUUUUAAUUAUAAAUAUAUUGUUAAAUUAUGACACAACUUUUAAAACAUGGGAGAUCCUUUUGAUAAAAAAAAUGCGAAAAGCUGAAAAUGGCAGACUUAGUUAGAUUGAGUAUGCUCAUGAGAGUAAAGAUUAUGUGCAUAAAGAAUGCAUCGUCUCUAACGCCCCUCCCCAGCACCGGCCGAGGAAUUUUUUAAUCCUCUACACUAGAAGUAUUUGCAUUAAUAAUCCCGAUUAUUCAUCGAGUAUCGGUCAGUAGACCUGUAGAUUUACAACAAUAUAUAAUAGUUUAUCAUAGAGGCAUGUUGGGAUCAACACGUAAACAUUGAUGAUGUUACAGUUUUGCAUUAUUUUAAGUGUUUAGAUGUUAUGGCUUCUUUUUAGAAUGAAUGCAAAGUAAAUUGUUUGUCUAACUUCUUAUUUUCUGAAAUAAACAAACAUACUUAAACUAUGAGUCCAAACAGUACGACACUUUUUUAGCAUUACAUACUACUAAUUCCCUAUACAACGUACUAAUUCCCUGAUAUUUUUGUAUAUGUGAGAUAAUUUCUAAUUUAAUGAAAGCUAGAUUUGUGUCCUAUACUGUGAUGUCUACCAAAAUUGGCUUUAUUCUAUUUUCUUUGGGACCAGCGAGACACUUUGUGAUAUUUGAAGCUACGUUUGGCUCCCUAUUCUAGAAUCUAAAGUCAGGCUAUUAUAAUAACAUGUACGUAUGCAGACAUACAUAAUUAUAUUAAUGUUCCUGAUUAAAGAAAGUUCAUUAGCAUUACUUGUUUUACAAUGAGUUUUGCGAAUGUAUGGAAUUCAAUUAUGAUAUAUUAAAAAAAAAAUCAUUUAUAUUUGGAUUUUGAUUUAUACAUUUUUUUAUCAAACACAAACAACAUACGGGAAGUCUUUAAAGUUAAAACUGUUUUCUUUUCAGUUAAAUCUAAAGUAUUCUGUUCUUAUUAUGAUAUUUUAGAUAUUUAUAUAAUUGUUAUUUAUCUAUUAGCUAUUGUUAUUUAAUUUUAUCAGAAACAUUAAGUGACUUUUCUGGGAUUUAUGGUUCUAUAAAUGGUUGUUACAAAUUUUAUUGUAUUUGUUGUGCAAUUAAGACAACCUCUUUUUUAUUUGAAGACGAAAAGUAUACAUUUUAGAAAAUUAAUGAUGAAUAAUUAUCAAUAAACUGUUGUAAUAAUGAUAAACAUAAUUACAUCUUCGAAAAAAUGAAUGGAAUAUGAAAUUGAAAGAAUUUAGUCUAACGUCUUAUUUUGCAAAGUGUUGGUUAUACAAUACGUUUUAUUCUGAUAUUGAACUGAAAUAAAAUUCUAUUUAGAAUAAAUAAAAAAAAACUUGAA